GUCAGCGAAAGGCCCGGUUGUGUGUUGGUUUUGAGUGGGGGGAGCUGCCUCCUCUCAAAGGGAGGAAAAUCAAGAGUGGCAUUUGUGACAUCGACAGCAACAGCAACAGAAGCAGCAGAAGCAGCAGAACCGCUCAGUGUCGGGCAAGUGAGCAGGGGUUAAAGGCACUGAAUGCCUGACGGGCACCAUGGAGUUGAAAAAGAGUAGCAGUGCUAUAACAAUAGACAUGCUUCUUAUAGUUCACCCCGAGAAGAGAAGGACAGUGCAGACAGACAGACAGACGGAGCUCACCUCUUCACAACGCCGAGGCUUUCAAGGAGGUGGAAACCGGAGACGGCAGAAAUCAGAUGGAAAUGACCUUCCUGGAAGCCUGGCUCAGACUCAAUCCCGUCAUCAGACACAAGUCAUCACUUCUUACGACAACCAAGGAACGCACCUGACAGUGGAGAUCCAUCCGAGGGACACCACCCCACAGCUGUUGAAGAAGUUCUCCUUCGAAAAGCGCUUACAAGGGGAUAGAAAUGGAAACACAAGACCCCAACAGCCUGGAGGAAAAGACGCACACGCCUACCCCUGGGACAGAUCCAGUCUGAAAUCCAUGCCAUUGGACCUGCGGCAGUUUGGGGAAUUGGAUGCCUAUGCCUCCAAGGUGAAGGUCAAGACCAACUUGGAAGAACUGGUGAGAGACUUGAUUCAAGAAGCCCAUUCGGACCUGGAGAAAGUCAGAGCCUUUUGGAUAUGGAUCUGUCAUCACAUCGAGUACGACAUCACGGGGGCCCAGGAGAAAGAUAGGCAGUCCUACGCUCUCACCGACAUUCUGCAAAACAAGAAGAGCGACUGCGACGGCUAUGCCGAGCUCUUUGAGAAAAUGUGCAGGAUUGGCGGAGUGCAGUGCAUGACGGUGGCCGGCUACUCCAAAGGUUACGGUUACCGGCCGGGACAGAACUUCUCGGGGGAAUUCGACCACGCCUGGAACGCCGUUUACCUCCAAGGAAAAUGGCACCUUCUGGACAGCACGUGGGGAAGCGGCCUGGUGGAUCCGGUCACCACCAAGUUCACCUUCAUAUACAACGAAUUUUACUUCCUCACCCACCCCGCCCUGUUCAUCGAGGACCACUUCCCAGAGAACAAGAACUGGCAGCUGCUGAAGCCGGCCCUGUCCCUCAGACAGUUCGAGAGCAACAUGUACCACAAGAGUGAGUUUUACGUCAAGGGGAUGCUCGCCGCCCACCCGGAGACCCCCGUCAUAAAAACAGUGAACGGGAAAGCCACGGUGUGCGUAGAGAGCUGCUCGCCGACCCCCUUCAUGUUCAUGCUCGACGGCAAGCAGGAACACGGCCUCAUGACGCUGAAGAAGAAUGGGAUGAAGCUGGAGGUCUACCCGCGGGCCAUAGGGAGCCACAAACUGCAGAUCUUCGCCAAAGGCACCACAGAGGAUUACAGCUCCGUGCUGGAAUACACGGUGGAGUGCCAGGCCGUGGACGGCGGCGCCCCGCUCCCCCGGGACCUCCACCAGCCCGUGGGGCCCAGCUGGUCCUCCGAGCGGGCGGGCAUCCUGAAGCCUUCCCACCCGGACCCCGUCAUCCACACCAACGACGGGCGCUGCUCCGUCAGCUUCGCCGUGGAGGAGGGGGUCAGCGUCCUGGCCUCCCUGCACGGCGACCACGAGCGCCUGAGCGAGGAGGAGCGGCGACGCCACAUCUUCCAGCUCCAUCGGGAGAAGCGGACCGAGUUCCGGGUCCAGCUCCCUCACGCGGGGAAGUUCGCCCUGAAGAUCUUCGCCAAGAAGAGGGCCGACCCGGGGAACUACGUCUUCAUCUUCAACUACCUUCUCUGCUGCUCCAACGCCGAGGUCGAGUGGCCGGUUUUCCCCGAGAGCUUCGGCAACUGGGGGCAGGACAAUGAACUGCUGGAGCCGCUCUCGGGGGUGCUCCCGGCCAACCGCAACGUCCCCUUCAAACUGAAGCUGCACGGCGUGGCCGAGGCCCUGGUACAGGGCCAGCACGCCUGGCCCCUCGCCCUCAGCCGCGAUGGCUACUGGGAGGGCACCUGCAACACCGCAGGCUGCCGGGAGGUCUACGUCAUGGUCUUGGAGAAUGCCAACCACCAGUUCUACUCCUACAUCUUGAAAUACAAAGUCAAGGCCCAAUGACCACCCCUCCUUCCCUCCUCAGACCCUCACCCCAUCACCCCUUGCCCCCUGGGACUAAGCACUGCCCUCUUCCAGUGGCCAAACUCCAUGAGGAGGAAUCGACUAGGAGAAAAAAGGAGGAAGGAGGAAUGCCGCAUUUUCCAACAGGGAGAGGACCGGGAUGGUGGUCCGGGGAUUCCGAUCCGGGUCUCGGCUUUGCGGACGCCUCCCUCGGUGACUUUGAGGAGUCCCUCUGGAUCUCGGGGCCCCCACUGGCAGAACAAGCCCCAGCUUGGGAUCUCGGUGGAGGCUGGGGGUGGAGUGGAGGAGGAAGAAGGGGGCGGGAGGUGGACUGGCCCGGGUUGACCACGCGUGACUCUCGUGGGACUACUGCGAACUGGAAGUGGCGGCGGAAAAGGUGGCCACCCCCAGAACCCAACACACCCGUCCUUCCAGUGGCUCAGAGUGCCUCCCUCUGGCACGCAUAAUUGGGUGGCCAACCCCGACCCACAUCUGACCUACUUCCCGACGAGUGGCGGUGAGGGCACCUGAGAGGAUAGAAAGGAAAAUGCCUUCAGCUCCGGGAGAGACCGACUGCUGACCCUGCGUGAUUCAGAGACCACCUGGGCUCCCUGAACCAACCAGACCAACGGGAAGACAGAAUCUACAUGUUCUUGGGGGCCGUGGCAAACUCCUCACCCAUAUUCCUCCUCCUCACCCAUACUCCUCCUCCUCCUCCCCCUGCGGAGGCGUGACAAAUGACUGCCAGAAAAGAAUGGGUCUUAGCAGGAUCAUCAGCCCAUCGCACCCCUUUCUGGCCGCUUGGCAUCUCUUGAGCAGUUGGGGGGAAUCCCCUAAGAAUGAGGCCAAGGAGGACCUCGCUCCAAAAUAAAGGUGGCAUUCAACAAUGA